AUGACUGAUUCACAGAAUGAUAAUGAAUGUAUUCUUGCCUAUCAAACACAAUUAAAAUAUGUUGAAGAUGCUAUUCUACAACAAGAAGAAAAAGAUGGAGUUGCAAGUGCUGAAUUAAGACAAUUACGUUCAGAUCUCCGUGAAGCUCUUUCUCUUUUUAAUACAUCGAAUAGUAAUAAUGGUAUGCAUAUUCAUCUAAGUUUCACCAUUUAUAUACCUUCAUUGUUAGAUGAAUUAGUAAUUACAAUUGACGAUUCUGAAUCAACACCUUGUGUCACUCUUUCAUCCGAUUCUGAUAGUAGUGAUGAUGAAGAAGAUGAAGACGACGACGAUGAUGAUGAUGAUGAUGAAGAACAAGCCGAAAAUCCGAUUGUUAAAGAAAUUGUUGGUACAAAUUGUAGUGUAAAAAUCAAUUGUCCUAUCACUGGUUUACAACGACAUAAUGUUGUUGUACUUGGUAUUGAAUCUAUAGCCGAUAAUACAGUUCGAGUUUUAUUUUGUCAACCAACACGUCUUGAUUUUAAACCAUGUUCACAUUUUCUCAAUGAUACUUGUCGUUUUGGUGACACUUGCAAAUAUUCUCAUGGUUUUGUUGUUUCUGUCGAUGAUCUUCUUGAAUAUAUUGAAGUAAAUUAUGAUACUCUUGCUGUUGGUCAAAAUGUUGUAUGUAAACAAGGUAGUGAUGAUUUAUGGAAACCAGGUGUUAUUGAAAGUGUUGAAAAUGAUAAUCAUCUUUGUGUAAUACGUUUUACUCAUUUUAAUGCAUUGGAAGCUAUACCAUUUGAAUCAAUAAUUACAACAAACUCUUCAGAUGAGACUCAAGCAAAUAAUGAAGAUGAAAAUCUCAUGAAUGAUGUUCUCAAUUCAAUUGCAGAUAUUCCAAGUUCAUCUACUGAUCAACCAAGAUUAGGAAAUUUAGGAAUUUGGGAAAAACAUACGAAAGGCAUUGGUUCUAAAUUACUUGCAAAAAUGGGUUAUAAAUCUGGGCAAGGUCUUGGACGACAAAAUCAAGGAUUAGUAAAUCCGAUUGAAGCUCAUGUUUUACCGAAAGGAAAAUCGUUAGAUGCUGUGCUCGAAUUAAAGAAAAAGAAUAAAUUACCUGAUGCAUUUAAAAUAAAAAAACAUCGAAAAAAAGUAACAAUUGAAAAACAAAAAAAAUUACCUGAACAAAAAGAUGUUUUUACAUUUCUUGAUAAAAUCUUUACAUCAGAAAUGAAAUCAACUAAUCAAGAUUCAACACCAUCACCAUUAGAUCGAUUUAAAGAUGAUAAAACAACUGUUGAUGAAACAUCGUUACUUUUACAUACACAAAUCGGUCGACGCAAUGAUGAAAUUCGAGUAUUAGAACGUGAAAUUCAUCAUUUAGAAGAACGAUUAAAAUACAAUGAACUUCGAGGUACAUCAAUCGUUGCUUCUAAUAUUAAACAACGUCUAGCAGCUAAAAAAAUUCAAUAUAAUAAAUUAAAACAUAUUGAAAAUAAUCUUCAAUCUAAACGUGAACAAAUUCGUACAAAAAAACUUGAUCUUUUUUAA